AUGGGAUCAAUCGAAGAAGAACGCUCCUUUGCUAUCUCAAAUCCCUUCCGAACUCGGAUUCUGAAUGGGGAUAUCACACCAUUGCUAUCCAUCAAGUUCGUUGUCGGCAAUGAAAUUGCUAUGAUGGCCAAAAUGGCCGGUUUCCACGGCGUUUUCAUCGACAUGGAGCAUUCCUCCCUGGAUAUGCGCACUGUUUCUCAGCUGAUCCUGGCUUGCAAUUUUGCCGGAAUUUCCCCUGUUGUUCGAUCUCCGUCCAAGUCGCAUUGGCAUAUCAGCCGUAUUCUGGAUGCUGGCGCUGCCGCUGUGGUGAUCCCCCAUAUUGAGACUGUGCAGGAAGUACGUGACAUUGUUCACCAUGCCAAGUAUGCGCCUCUUGGUGCUCGUGGCUGUACAAACACGCUGCCCAUUUUUAACUUUCAGCAUGUGCCCACCCUUCAGCAAAAUGCGGUGCUCAAUGAGCAGACAAUGCUGAUUCCCAUGAUUGAAACUCCCUGUGCCGUGGAACUCGCAGAAGAGAUUUUUGCCGUGGAUGGUGUGGAUGGAGUUCUCGUUGGCUCGAAUGACCUAUGCGCAGAUCUGGGUAUCCCCGGAAAGUACGAUAAUCCACGCUAUCUGGAAUCAGUCACGAGGAUCAUCAAGGCUGCAAACGACUCUGGAAAGCCAGUUGGAAUCGGAGGAAUUGGAGGACGACUAGAUCUUCUAGAGAAGUGGUUCUUUAUGGGUGCAACUUGGUCUCUAAGUGGUGCAGAUGUGGCCAUUCUGCAAAAUGGGAUGAAAAGGAUUGUGCAAAAUUACAAUGAGAUAAGUGAAAGGUUAGAGCAAAGAUAA